AUGUCAGAUUCCCUAGUACAAAGCUUUAUAGAACGAUCUCGCUUUGAGCGUCAAGAGGAACUAAAUCGACUAACUCAGGAACAACACGUGAACCUAGGAUUGAUUUUGGGAUUGUCUUUGAAAAUUGGUAGAAACCAAUCACAUGUUGAUUACGCAGGCAGGUUAGACAGCAAUAGAAGAUGGGCUGAUCUAGAUAGGUUGGCAAAUCUAUCACGAUGGGAAGUUAAGUCGGGUCACCGGGAACUGGACACAAAAGAAAUAAAAAGCGUGCCCUCGCUUAAAGAUGCACUUGUCAGUGCUGCACCGGUGGAAAUAAGCCAGAACGCUGCAAUGGAGCGGAAGAGGAGGAACCAAAGGAAACACCACGACUACGCCGGUAUACUUUCCUAUAUCGACAUAGCGGCUAUUGCCUCCUUUACAUUUGGUAUCAUGCAGGCUCGCUACAGGCUCGCAUCCGCCAACGGUUCAUCUCCGCUGCAACUACCUCAGGUCGACGGGCCAUUCUUAGGAUCGGCGCACAUCUUUUAUUCGAUCGAGUUCGCCAAUUCUCAAUGCCGCGAGGAUACUAAGUGGAUGAUUAAGAUCCCUAUCAACGGCACGCCGGAUAUAUGGGAUGAACUAUGCGCUGAAGCGCUCCGUACCGAGGCACUUGUGCUCUAUAUGCUUCGCACGGAGACCCGCGUGCCGGUGCCCGCGAUCAUCGACGCCGAUUCCUCUCCUCAUAACGAGAUUCAUGUUCCCUAUCUAAUUAUGGAGUACGUGACUGGUCUGACACUGGAUCAGGUCUGGUUUUACGGCGAUGACGAGAAGGGGAUCAGGGCAAUAAGGAGCAAGGUCCUGCAGAAUCUAGCACGGGCGGUGCUUGAACUUGGGAAGUACGAAUUUGAACAUGGAGGGGGUCCAGUCUUCGACAGCAACGGGAUACUCAUCGGCGUGGGGCCUUCGAGGGAGCUCGACAUACAGGCCAUGAUAAACCGCUGGCUCAACAACGAGGAUUGCGAGAGGGUACCCCUGUAUACCGCGGUAGGUCCCUUUGGAAACGCGAGGGAAAUGUACACGACACUUUUAGAUCAAUACCCAUGCGAUACCGAAGCAAAUAUUGGCGUCGAUAAAUUACUUCGUCUCCUCGUAAGUCUUCUCCGCGAGCCUUCCAGGCCAAGAUCCAUUACGGGUAAGGAAAAUGCGAGUCAGCAUAAGAAGGGAUUCGUCCUUACACACCCAGACCUGAGCAUGCGCCACAUCAUCGUGUCUAAAGAAGGCGAUAUCAAAGCAAUCGUGGGCUGGGACGGCGUACACGUCGCGCCGAGAUCACUUGGUAACGAGACUUUCCCGCCAUGGCUUAUCAGGGACUUUAAUACGUUUGCGUGGCGCUGGCGGCCGUCGCCUGUGCUCUGGAGGGAGAAGGGAGCAUAUGAGGAGCCGGAGGAGAAUCGCUAUGAAGAUACACCGUGGACAUUAAAGGAGCUGAGGGAUGAGUAUUUGGGCAUUAUUCGGAAGUUGAAAGAGGAGAGGGGGGAUAUAGAGGGAAGUGUAAACAUGGACGGAACGAAACAGUCGUUGCUGGCGCUUAGUUUGCGCACGGCAGUUAGGGAUCCAAGGUGCAGGACUGCUGUCCUAAGGCGGAUUCUGGAGAAGUGCUCUCGGCCGUCUGAAGAGUUUGACUUCGAGCGGAUUGUUGAUGUACUGGGGGAUGGAGGGCAUCUGAAUGGGUAUAUGCUUAAGUGCUUGGAGAGGAACUUUAGGGAGCUUGUGGGUCGUGGGUAUGUUAGGGGUGCUGUUGUUUGGUGA